CUAAUUAUAUUAACCAAUCAUAUGAGUCCUGGAGGGUGUUGGUGCAGAAUAACAGCAGGAUGGUGAGAAAGUAUUCUGUGGUAAAGUCAAAGUGACCAAAUCUAAUCUUCUGGCAAAGAAUAAAGACAAGUACUCCUUUACAGUUUACAGACAUGGAUAGUUGCUUAAAACUGAUUCCUCGUAACUGUUACAAUACGUACAGUUCAGUAGUUCUUGCUUUGUUUGUAGCAAUUGGCGUGGUUCUGGUUGCAAUCGCGAGUGAUAACGAGUCGAAAUCAAGUCUAGAAUGUGACCUCACAAGCUCUUUAUUCAAGGGGAAGUACAUUGAAACACAAUGUCGUCUUCAAUAUGCCCAAGAAUUCCUCCCUUCGUUAUCUCUCAAUGUCCAGAUUGUGAUAAGUUUUGGACUUGUCGUUGUAUGUAGUGUCGUGUACGGUUACCUGGUGAAACAUAGAGUGGACAUGUUCACAAAUAAUCCAAACACAACGACGAACGAGGGCGUAGAAGAAAGUCAGCCAUUGUCUGAGGCAUCGCCAGCCACACCAGUGGCCUAUCAAGUGACACUCGUUGAGAUUGUUUAUCUGUUGUGGUCGGCAUGGAAGAGGCCCACUUUUCAUACUGAUCAGGAGUUUAUUAACGUGUACCUUCUACGAAAACGAACCAAAACAAUCCUAGAAAUAACUAAUCUGAUUCGGGAAGGACAAUCCAAUAAUUUGUUUAAUGUGAGUCAAGGCUUUAGAAGGAAACGAAACCUGGAUGAAAUUUAUAUCAAUGUUAUAAUUCAAGAUGGAAGGGAUUCUAGAAGUGAAUUUAUGAAGAAAGGUAGACAUGAGAUUUAUGACAUUCAAUUGGAAAAGCCCCCCAGUUCAAAAGUACUUGAGAGUACAGCAGAAUUAUUUCAAGCAGCAGAAGCUGGUGAAGACCAUCCUAGAACUGUUCUUGUAGUUGGCAGACCAGGUAUCGGGAAAACUUUGCUGACUGAAAAAAUUUUUCACGAGUGGCUACGAGAUAAAAGAACUGAAUUCUGGCAUGAAAAAAUUGUACUUCUGAUUCUAUUCCGUAAUUUUAACAAGGGAGAAACAAGUUUACAAGACAUGUUACAUCAGGCUCAUGGUCUUGGAAAGUCAAUAUCAUUACCUGAGUCCAACAGCAUGUCCAUCUAUGAAUAUGUUUGCCAGAAACCAAGCAAUGCAGUCCUUGUUUUCGAUGGCUUAGAUGAACUUCAAGUAGAUGAUAAAUGUUUAACUGAUGGAAAAAUCAUAAACAACCCAAAAGAGCUUGCACAUAUUUACCUGAUUUUUAAACAGCUGGUGAAAGGCAAACUAUUACCUGGAGCCACUGUGUUAACCACAUCUCGACCCACAGCAGAACACAUCUACCAAAAUCUUGAUUUUAAAAGAGAGGUGGAGAUAUUGGGUUUUAGUGAGAAACAAAUAGAAGAGUAUGUUGGGAAAUUUUGUUAUGAUGACACACAGAAAAGUUCAGAAAUAUGGAACAUAAUCAAGAACUCUCCAGAACUACUAAGCUUCUGUUAUGUACCGGUUAACUCCUCCAUUGUGUGCUUGACAUUGCAUGAAAGCCUUUAUUUUGGUGAACAUGCAACAGAUGGAAACUACAGCAGGAUUCCCAGAACAAUAACUGAACUGUACAAAAGGGCUAUAAAGAUUUUGCUGUUCAAACACAAUUCAAAAUACCGCCAUAAAGAACCCCGAAAAAAUUACUUGACUGCAAAACUUCCAGAGCAGCUUCGAAAGGAUUUAGACAAACUGAAAGAAAUUGCAAGGGAAGGGAUGGGAAAUGACCAACUAGUUUUUGAGUUUGAUGGCAGCGAUGAAUUUAUAACUGACUUGGCAAAUUCUGGUGUAUUUAAUCAGUUAGAAGAUGAAAAUCGGUACAUCUUUUCUUUUCUUCAUCUUACAAUUCAAGAGUUUCUGGCUGCACUACAUGUGGUUGAUGAUAUUAAAAAUGUUGAAAGAUUUUUAGAAGAUCACAUUAAUGAACCCAGGUGGCAUUUGGUGAUCCAAUUUGUAGCUGGGUUACUUGGAGAUAAAAUGAGAGAGUUAAGGUCAGCAGAGCAUGAAAACAGUGAAGUAAUCGAUGAACCCAGGUGGCAUUUCGUUAACCGAUUUGUAGCUGGGUUACUUGGAGAUAAAAUGAGAGAGUUAAGGUCAGCAAAGCAUGACGACAGUGAAGUGAUUGAACGUAUAUGCAAAAGAUUUCAAGACUGGAUGCCAAAGAAACGACGUAUUGACUGGAGUAAUGACAAAAGUUUACUCGUGAUAAAAAGUGUUUGGGAAAUGCAAGAAGAUCGCGUCAUGAAAAUGAUUUCGUCGUUUGCGUCUGAGGAUGAUGACUCGUUUGCAUCUGAGGAUGAUGACUUGUUUGCAUCUGAGGAUGAUCAUGAAAGAUUUACUUUGUUUGGAUUAAAUAUUGCACCAGCAGAAUCUACGGCUUUGUUUAAAUUUUUAAGCCACAUCAAGAACUUGAAACAGCUUAAAAUCAAUGGUUGUACUGUGACGAACAUUACUAUCCGUGAAUUGGCUGAGUUUUUGAAGAAAGAUAAGCAUGGCCUGGAGAAUGACAACUGUGAACUUACUGAACUAGAUGUAAGUAACAAUACUGGUUUAACAACUGAAGGUGUUAAAUAUUUAAGUGAUGCUUUGAAGAGUGACAACUGUAAACUUACUAAACUAUAUGUAAGUGCCAAUGAUUUAAAAACUGAAGGUGUUAAAUAUUUAAGUGAUGCUUUGAAGAGUGACAACUGUAAACUUACUAAACUAUAUGUAAGUGCCAAUGAUUUAGAAACUAAAGGUGCUAAAUAUUUAAGUGAUGCUUUGAAGAGUGACAACUGUAAACUUACUAAACUAAAUGUAAGUGGCAAACAGACUAACAAGCUUGCAAAAAUAAAAUGA